UUAUUUUUACGAUCGUGUUUGGUACAAUUUGGUUGAAUUUACAGCAGCUUACAUUUUUCUUGAAAGAUGACCGACGUUAAUGUGUUGAAAAAUAAUAAAGUAGGUAAAGGUGGCAAUAAAGACGGAAAGUCAUGGAUGCGAACAAAACUCAUCAAGAUCGAGAGAUGGAUUAGUGAACUUAGCCUUAUCCAAAGGACAAACCGCGAGGCGACCAUGCAACUCGGAGAAGACCAACAAAAGACGAAGUCGGACAUGUUGAAAAUCAUCCAGACACUGAACGAGAAAAUUGAAGAAACAAGACUUGAGUUUGGACGGGAAUUACGGAGCCUAAAAAAUAAGUCUUCCCGCCACGAUUCCGUACGCAACCGAGUUGAUGAUUUGCACAGCGACAUGGAAAACGAAAUAAAAAUGAUGAAAGAUCUGUCCGAUAAAGUCCAGAUAUUGGAGGGAAGCAUGGACAGCUUGAAUGGAAAGGUUGAUUCUAUGAAACAGAACAUAGAUAUGAUAGUCGGCGAUUUGAAAGCGUUGAAGUGUUCUAUGGACAAUUUCAAAAAAGAAAGCGAAGAAAUGAAUAAAGUUCGAGCUAAAGAGCAUACUUGUAUGCAGAUAAUGUGA